AUGUCCUCUUCGCUUAGACGCACUUCUGGCGCGUCGCGUCCAACUUCAUCCAGAUCUAUAUCUGCACCGACGCCAUCCUUAACGGCCGCAACAGGACUACCGUUUCCAGCACUACCUGCAUCACCUGUAAAACAACCUUCGCCUACAAGACAAAGCCAGGCUUCAUCUGAUGGCAGGAAGCGCAAGAGGGAGGCAACCGGCUUCUCUCAAGCGGGAGAUGGUCUUUUGAAGGCUUCUGUUGUGCUCAGGCCACAUCCUUCCACCCUGACCGACAAGCCGCGCAUUCUAUCACCCUUGAUGCUUCUUCCACGAGAACACUUGCCUCUGUCUGCCCUUGACCUUGUUCAACCGCAGGGCGAUUUCCCUCCCAGCCGCUUCUACGAAUCGCGUAUCAAGAUCUUGGACCUUGAAGGUCGAUUGGGCUCAAACAUUCUUCUUGCCCGAUCUGAGGCCAAUCGCAUGCUAUAUGCGAUUGAGCGGGAAAGCGAUGGUCUAUACACACUAUGCAAGCUUGGAUCAUGGGUUGACGUUGAUGUUUUGGCCCAGGCCGCAACGGUCGUAUCGAGCCAACGAAUGAAAAGCUGCAAGCCAUCGCAGCUGGAGGUUGCCGCCCCAGGGCCCCUCAUCACACCACAAAUGUACAAGGAGACGAAGCGUCGAAAGCUUGCAAUAGAGGAGAUACAGUCGUCACUCACCCGAAAGCGAUCCAACACGACAACUACUGAGCAGGAGUCUUUGUCUCACCUGCCUACACCAACAUCAGGGAGUCCUGAAUCCAAGAGCUGUGAAAAUCAAUGCAUCGCGGAACCAGCCGAGGUGCCGACAGUGUCGAACAAACCCGAUCUGCCCGCUACUCUUCCACAUCCUGCGGAGGACGUGUUGUCGCAACCAACCGCCGAAGGGAUUUUCCAAAACAUCAGAAUGCAAUAUUUUGAAGCUCUAUAUCAUUCAAAGGGAUCCUUGGCGUAUUUUGCAAAGGGGCCGCUCUCUAGGGCACGAGCGGCAUUCCACUUAGACUGCGACUCGAACCUCGAAAUGAGCCAUCUCAUUGACUUCCUGAGAGGUCUUGUUAUGACGACAGCUUUAAUAGACAAGAAGUAUCGGGAGACUCUCCCCGAAAUUAUCGGAAAAAUGAAGACUAUCGUGGAGGAUUCCGAGCAAGGGCAUGCACGGUCGAAGCCCAGAAAGAAGAGAGUAAAAAAACCAAAGCUAGGCAAAGAUGGACUUUAUCCGUCGGAAGAAGAGCAUAUCGAGCGAUGGUGGGUGACUCACAAGCCGAGUACUACACAGGAGGAUGAGAAAAUGGUCGCGGCGACCGAGGCCAAACACCACAUCUCGGCUCUACGGCGUCGGGAGACUCAGCUGCAAAUGAUCAUAAUACUCGAGAUACUGGCUCUUGAGCCUUUGAACAGACCAGUAGUAGCUGCAGAGGACAACGAAUUGCCGGGCUUGGAAACGCAAGAAACGAUAGGAGGCACCAAAUCAGAAGGAAACAAGAAAAAGAACAAAACGGCCAACUUGCCGCUGUUGCUGGAUAUGCAUGCUGAUCGUCUCUGCAUUUGGCAGAGCACAACUUUAGACGAGGUCAAGGCAUUGACAGAAUCACAGCCUUCUGCUGAGGAACAAGAGGCGUCAGCAGAGAAUAAUAAUUCAGAUCCUUUACGAGAUUUCUGUGUCGACAUCAUCGUCCCCUUUUUCUCUGCUCGUCUACCGGAGCUCUGCGAUUCCAUCAACCGUAAGCUAGGCGGUCCGGUGAUACAAGCUCCCAAAGAAAAGGCGAAAACAGUUGCAGCAACCAAGCCAAAGCCUGGGGCCCCUGGGAAACGAGUUGCAGCUACCAAAAAGGAGAAUGAAAGAACUCUUCAGCGCGUGCUCUCCAAUGAGCGCAUGAGACGAAGUGUCUCAAGGGGUCCGUCUGGGACAAUCGCACUGCUGCGCUCGGCGAGUGCAACUGCAAUUCCGGGCCUGAAAAGAGAUGGUAGCGAGCCUCUGUUGGGGAUGGUACCCAAGACCGAGGCUGUAGCGGUCAAAGAGAAGAACGUUUCCAUAUUCUCGCGGAGUGCUGGGCCUUCGGCAAACAGUGAAGACGCCAAGGCGAAAAAGAAGGCUCGUCUCGAGGCCGAGCUCAAGGAGGCCAUUUCUGCACUCAAAAAGCCAAACCGAGCCUUGGCUGGUAAGGAGAUUGUAGAGGAGGCUGAGAGACGCACAGCUCAGCCAAAGAGUAAGCUUAACAAGAAGCAACCAAGAGCCGCCGGCGUGCAAAUCAAGGCCACCCCCGCGAACAAUCGCUUCAAGGACGUAUUCGCCACAGAAUCGCAGCCUCUACACCUGAAUCAUCUCUUCGAAGAGGACGGUCCCCCCAUACCGUCUAGCGCCUCAGUAGUCCCUGCGUCCACUUUACCUCGCAAGUUCACGAAUGUGUUUGCCACUUCCACUACCCCCAACAUUGGCGCCAACCCAUCUUUUGAAGGAGGGAAUGAAGCCGCACAGAUCCCACCGCGCAAGCAAAUGCAAGAGACGCCUUUAAGGAAGAAGUCCGUCCCACAUAUCUCGCUCCCUCAAAUUGACGAGGAAGUCGAAGAGGCGACCCCGGUACCGCCGAAGAACAAGGAGCUACAUGUUCAAGCAACGCCCAUGCGCAAACAGCGAUUUACACAGCAAAAACUACCAGUACCUCGCCCCGAGGGGCAUCUACAGGUACAAGCAGCAACAACAACACCUCAACGAAAACGAGCCGUUCAAGGAACACCUAUGCGCAAGAAAUCUCUACAGUCACUGCCUCAGAUCGUAGAAGAAGAAGACGAUCCCCUUACCCACAGCAUCCCUUCGUCCUCUCCGAUCUUCGCAAAAAGGUUGACGAUCGCGUCCCCGUUUAACAGAGUCGCUAAGCAGCAGCAACAACAGCAACAACAGCAAUACCUAGUCCCUCCAACACCCCUCGGCAACCGCUCCGGUAAUGAAGGAGCUGCGAUGACAACAGCGGAUUUCCCUCCCUCCUCCCCUGGGUUCGCAUUCUUCGAGACCCCGCUGAACAACGCAAAGACAAAGACAGCCAUGUCGACCACCGCCGCCGGCGGCGUUGUUGAUGACACGCCCAUCAAGUCCAGACUCCCGAGUGCUUUUACCUCCAUGACGACGGGGGCAGGGGGGAGUGAGAAUAACGGCCCAUUCGGCAGCAGUAGUAGUAGCAGUCGUCGUGCUAGCGGCGGUGGCGGUGUUGGAGGAGUUACGAAGAUCAAGAAAGAGAUGGACAACUCGCCGGUUAGUAUAUACCAGCGCUUGGGCUGGGAUGAUACAGAUGAUGAUUUGGCAUGA